CGCUGCGCAGAUGUGUGAGGAAGACAGCACAGGUUUUACUGAGGGCAGGGAUAGCUCUUGGAAGGGAGUCACGAACUUCUGAAGCAGCAAAACACGAAAGAUGUCAUUUGCCAGUGACAAACUCUACAAUGGGUAUCUGCGGCGCAGAAUGCCGAUCAUUGUAACCAAAGUUAAAGUGAAAGAAGUAAUGCCCUAUCUGCCCUGCUUGACCAUUCACGACAGGGAGAAUAUAGAGGCGAAAAGAGAGACUUAUGGGAACUAUGACGGCAUGGUGCUGCUUCUGGACUGUCUGAAGAGGAGAGAAAACUGGCCUGAGCAGUUCAUCGAAGCACUUGAAGCAUGUGAGCAGAAAACUAUAGCAGCAGAGAUCAGAGCUGAAUACGAUGCUCUGAGAGGAGUUAACAAUUCCAACCCCAGCUCCCCUUCAACAACUGUCACCAGGGCACAUGUCCACCCAGCACCAUCUGGCAGUCCUGUGUCCGUUCCAGAGAGCGGUGGAAACACUCAGGCUGCUGUCACUCCGCCAGCUCAAGCAUCAGCUCCUCCACAGCCGGCUGUUCAGGCCUCACCUCCUCUGGAAACCCCUGUGCAUCCACAAGCCCAGAGCUCACCAGCCCGUGAACCAGAGGCCGUUCCCCCACCUGAGCCGGUCCCCGAGCCUCCGCAGCCGACUCAGGCCGAAGUGGCGCCGCCUCCAUCAACGCCUCCUCCUUCCCCUGAGACCCCACGCACUCCAGCCAGCACGCCACCGCCAUCGCCACCACAGAGGGAGAUUAUUGCUCACCAGGAGCCAGAGGAAAACACCGAAUCAGACAUUAUCGGUGUGAUUCCUGAUCAGGUGAGCCCAGGAAAGAGGCAGGUUCCUGUCAACUCUGUGGCGACUCCUCCGCUGUCUCGUCCUGGUGAACAGGGUGAAAUAGAAACACCAGCGGCACCAGCAACAGAGGUCAGGCCACCACAGAGUACUGCUCCUACUCAGGUGAACUCAGAUUGGAUAGACGGAACCUCUUUCCCCACACUGACCCCAGAGAAGCCUCCAGUCCAGGAUACCUUCCCUCCUGCAGACAAAAUACCUCCUGUUGUCCUGGAAUGUGAGGAGACAUCUGAACCUCCUGCUACACAGGUUGUUGAACGCAGCCCGCAGCCAGAAACAGCAGCUGCAGCCGCCCCUUUACCUGCUGGAGCUGCUGGGAUGGACGCCUCUGUCUUUGAGGACACUUUGUGUCUGAGCAAGCCUGGCCAGCUCGUCAGCAUGCAACCGCAGAAUCACGACAGUCCUACUAUCCCUGCACACAACCCACCAUCACAGCCCUACUCAGGCGAUAGCCAGCGCCUGGAAAUAAGUGAAGCUGCUCCGGAGUCGAUUUCCUCUGUGUGCUCUGCUGUCACCUCCACCGCUGUUAAUACAGCCUCUGGACUGCUGUGCCAGGAGAACGGCCUUUCUCUUGACCAUAACGAACCUGAGGAGAACCAGUAUGACUCUCCCAAUCUGAGUUUGGAAACUCAGGUGAAUGUGGUGCAGUUUUCAGAGGAGCCGUCCAUCCUCAACCUAGAUGGUCAGACAUCAGCACCACAAGCUCAAAACAUCAACGGCGAAGCAGCCAGGGAGAUCACUCCUCCCCCACCAUCCUCCUCCACCACCGCUGCUGAUACAGCAUCGGGUUUGGACGCCCCCUCUGAACCUGCACCACCUGUUAUUACAUCAGAGGUGAAAACACUGCCAGGUUCAGAGGAAACAGCAUCUCGCUUCCUGCCAGCUAAUACAAAAUACAUUCUGACUGCUGCAGGAGUGGGUGCCUGUGCUCUACUGAUGGCGUGGAAGUUUAAGAAUUAAGGGGAUUUAAAACCUUUUAAAGCAAGAGAAGAUUAGGCUUUAAGGCUUUUUGAAAGAGGAUCUUAAGGGUAUGGUGCCUUAUUGUAGUCACUGGACUGGGAAUGGCGUGAGGCAGCUGUUUAAUAAUCACCUAGAGUAAUAAUAGCUGCUAGACCUUUGAUCAUGCCAUUAAUUGCAAGUCAUUUGUUAAGUUGACCUGUGUUCUAUCAUGUUAAUGUCAAAUUAAGUUGACCCCUAGUGAGCGAAAACCAAAUUUACCUUCCUUAUUCCAAAUUAGGGAACACUGUAGAGCUGGGCUGAGAUCUCAGGUUAUUUAUGCUGCACAUAUUUAGUUUGUUAAGUUAAACUGAGGCUGUGUUUCAAUGAUAGAAACAUUUGUAUGCUCUCUUGUUGGAUAAGCACUUUGAAGAUAAGGCUGUUGGCUGAUGAUUAUGUAUCAAGGACCUGGAUUUUACUGGAUGUGGACUGUGGAAGAAAGAGUACCACCAUCACAUGUACAUUUUCUUUUCCUGUUGACAGUGGGGAAAUGUGGGCCUGUAAAUGAUGGUUUGUGCACUGUCUGUAUUUAUUUGUACAUAUAUAUGUAUACACCAUAUAUAAUCAUGUAUUUUAAGAAACGAGGGACGUCAGAAAUAUUCCAAAGUAUUCAUAAUGUCUCAGAUAUUCAACACUCAAAGAAUCAGUCAGACAAAUACUGAAUAAUCUGAUUACGUAUUUAGCAAAUUUACCAGGUUCAUAGUCUAGACCAGUGUUUUUUAACUUUUUAAAACCACAACACUCCUUUAUAAUGACUUUUCUGUCAUGGCAUCAUCCCCCAGUUUCUGUCACUGUGACACCUGCACUGUAGCUGUAUAUUAUCUGGGUUUUUAAAUGUUUAUUUUGGUGCUUAUUUCUAUUUUUUUUAUUGUGAGACAUGAAUUAAAAAUGUACUAUAAAAAUAGAAAUAGAAGCAGAUCUUGCCUCCUUUGGCAACCACUGGUCUAGACAACACACUCUGUUAUCAUCUAGUGUAAAUGUUUGAGUUGACAUUUUAUUUUUCCAUAGGUUUUUUUUUUUUCUCCUUCUAAAUAGAAACAAGUUUGACUGUGUCAUGUUCUGUGAGGUGAGAGAUUUUAUUGUAAAUAGAACUGUCAGUAUAAGAAAUGUCGGGAGGAAAAAAAAUUAAUUUAGGUUUUGUACAUUUUAAAAGGAUGUUGGAGGUGUAGAUGUAUUGUCAGUGUGAGACACAAAAAAGUGUCAGUUGUCAUCUCAGUUUAAGUUGUAUCUAAAUUUGUUUGCACUGUCUCUUGCUAUGCACUUCAGCAAUCAUGUCAAUAAAUCUGAGAUUAUUUUAAAAAAUAGAUAUUUCUUUAUUGAAUGUACAAGUUGAAUUCCCUUCAGAGAAACCACAAGAAAUUUCUGCAUCAGGUUUUUAUUCUGUGAUGUGUCAGAGCAGCAGAAGCACAGGUGUAAUUAAUAAAAUGAAUGAUGGCUGAAUUCCAUUUAGCUGUCAUUGUUGAUGUUAUUAGUAACACCUGUGCUUUUCCUACUAUGAGUCAAAAUGUCUGCAGUGAAAAAGGCCUGCUGUGUUAUUAUAAUAUGAAAAUAAAAAAUACACAGACUUAUGGAUUAUGAAAUUUAAUGAGUAAAAUUACCAUGUUAACACUUAGCUGUAUUUCACAACCUGUGUUUUCAAAAUACCAAAUGACAUUCUUAACUUAGCUUAACUGUGUGAUUUGUGUGUCAUUAAACCAAUCUAUUAUUGUGUCUUCA